UUUUCUCCUCUUUCAGCAAAACAACACCUUUUUCUUCUCUUCUUUCUUCUUCUUCUUCCUCUUCCCAUUUUUUCCUCACUCUUUCUCUUCUUUAUUCUUCUUGAAUCAUUGGUGUCCAGUUGGGUUUUUCUCCUUUGCUUGGGUUUGGCACGUGCGAGUAAAGAAGAGGAAGAAAAAAACUGAUUUUGAUGUUUUUUUUUUUUAUUUGUUUUGGGUGAGGAUUGAUUGCUGUCUGGAAGAAUAAAGGAAAAUUCUUUUUUGUAUUAAUUGCAUUAAAUCUCGACUGUUUUGAGAGGAAAGAAAGGGUUUUUGUGUAAUCCAGUUGUGUUCUGUGUGCUGCUUUUGGCAUCAUUUGAUGAGGAGGCAUGUUUGGUGUCAUGGGUUUUACUUCUGAUUUCAAUCACUGCUACUCGUCACCCCACAAAGGUUUGUUCUUUUCUGCUGCACACGCGCUUUGUGUGAAGAACAUGCGGUAGAACAGGUGUUACUACUUCACGAUGUUCUAUGUUGUUGUCGUUUUGUAACGGGCAUUGAUGAUGGAGGAUUAUAAGAACCGGCACCUUCAACAGCACCAGCAUCAACAAACCCAUCUUCAGCAACAGCAAAAUCGGAACGAGGACUCUGAGAGGAUGGAGAGGUACCCGAGGGAUUUGCUUCAGGGAUUUGUCAGGAGGGGUAUUACCAUUAGGGAUGAUAGUAUGAAUAACGUUAGCGGUAGCGUAUCGCAGCCUCUUCAUCAUCCUGGUCAUGAGCAACAAGACCAGGAGGAGGAUGAAGAGCUUGAGUUGAACCUUGGUCUCUCUCUCGGAGGAAGAUUUGGGGUGGACAAGAACGCAAAAAAGAAGAAGCUUAUGCGUUCGUCUUCUGUGGUGGGGACAAUGCCUCUGUUCAGGGAGGACGAUGCGGUGGCGCCGCCGCUUGCAGCUUUCCCUGCGCUGAUGAGAACGUCUUCCCUGCCAACCGAGACGGAGGAGGAGUGGCGGCGGAGGAAGGAGAUGCAGACUCUGCGCCGGAUGGAGGCCAAGAGACGCCGGUCUGAGAAGCAGAAGGGAUCCCGGGAGGCCGUUGCUGAGGUGGAGGGUGGUAGUGUGGUGGCAAUGGGGUUGACCAGAUUUGGUUCUGCCACGUUGGCUCCGCCUCCUCUGGGGUGGAGUGUGGCGGCACCAAAGCAGGUUGUUCUCGGUGAUGUGUUAGGGAAGGGAAAGGGUUUUCAAGGUCUGUUUGGGCAGCCAUCUUCUCAGGGUUCGGCAGAUUCGCAAGGUGGAAGCUCUUCAUCAGUGUCCGAAAUGGAUAGCAAGACUUUUUUAGGAACAAGUAGUGGUGGUGGUGAAGCAAGCCCUGGUAGCAAUCAAUCAGCACAAGAUGGUGUGGGUUUAGGGGCUAAGAGAAAUGAGAAUGUGGGUAGAAGUUGGAAAGCAGAGAUCGAGAAUCCAUGUAACAAAUCUCAUCAUUCCCAGAACAUGAACAUAAUGGGAAAGCAAAUUGGGAGAAACUCAAUGGAAGACAUGCCUUGUGUGUUCACAAAAGGGGAUGGUCCUAAUGGAAGAAGGAUUGAGGGAAUAUUGUACAAAUAUGGUAAGGGAGAGGAAGUGAGGAUCAUGUGUGUGUGCCAUGGAAACUUUCUGUCUCCAGCAGAGUUUGUUAAACAUGCUGGUGGUGGAGAUGUUGCACACCCUCUUAGGCACAUUGUUGUCAACCCUUCUGCUGCACCCUUUUAGUCACCAUCCCUUCAACUUUAGGGCUGUAAUAUACUUUACAUUGAGGGAAGAAAAACAUUAGUUUUGCAGCUCCUUUUUCCUUUUUCUCCAUUUUUGCUUAGUUCUUCCAUCAAACAAUAUUAAAUAUAGGGGCAUUAAAUUCCCAAUCUUUAUCUGUUUCUUUUCUUUUUUC